AUGGCUAAUAGUUCUGAGCUUGAGCUGCCUACUGACCCAAAGUGGGAAAUAUCUAGAACUCGGGUAAAACUUGGCAAUCCUCUGGGAGAAGGCUGCUUUGGCCAGGUUUUUAGGGCAGAAGUUACUGGCAUUAACAUGGACGGCGCUGUGAAAAUACUGAAAAAUGAUGCCAGUAAUCAGGACUUGUUGGUUUUGGUGUCUUUGAUGGAGAUGAUGAAAAUUAUUGGCAAGCACGAGAACAUUAUCAACCUUCUGGGAGCCUGCACACAGGGAGGGCCACUGUAUGUGCUGAUGGAGUAUGCAGCCAAGGGCUGUGGGCACAAAUGGCCAACUCUCACACCUCCACUGGCAGAACAACAGCUUACCUGCAAAGAUGUAGUGUCCUGUGCCUAUCAGGUGGCCCAGGGCAUGGACUACCUGGCUUCUCAGAAGUAUAUUCACAGAGUCUUGGCUGCCAAAAAUGUGCUAGUGACUGAGGACAAUGUGAUAAAGAUUGCAGACUUUGGCCUGGCUCAUUAUUUAUGCAACAUUGAAUACUGCAGCAGAACCACAAAUGGAUGGCUACCUGUGAAAUGGAUGGCACCAGAGUCCCUGUUUGACCAAGUGUAUACCCACCAGAGUGAUGUCUGGUCCUUUAGAGUCCUUCUCUGGGAGAUCUUUACACUGGGGGGCUCACCAUAUCCUGGCAUCCCCCCAGAAGACCUUCACAAGCUAUUGCAGGAGGGCUACCAAAUGGACAAGCCUGCCAACUGCACACAUGACCUGUAUGUGAUUAUGUGGCAAUGCUGGCAUGCAGUGCCUUCAUAG